AUGGUGAAGAAGAAGAACCCCACCGCCACCACCAGUUCUGCGAGCGGCGGUGCUGCCGCCAAGGCUUCUUCAAAUCCACCAAAGAAAAGCGCUCCAGAUGCUCCUCCUCCAGCUCCGGUGCCGCCAGCACCGUCAAGCUCCACGGCUGGGUCCAACCCCGGCGAUUGGCUGGCGUCCUCUAUCACGAAGCGUGACGAGAAGAGGGCUCGGAGCCUUGGUCUAAUCUCCUCCGACGAGGGGAAUAUCCCCAUGGCUCCCGAAAGCUUGCGAGACCUGCCGGAUGAUACUUCCGAGGGAAGAGAUUCCUCAGCCCAUGUAGGAUUUCAUACUGAUGAAAACGCAAGCCCAACGGAUGAACGCGAUGACCCGAUGAACUGUGAAGCUAACUUUAGCAAUCCUCCACCCCAAGCCAAUGAUAUUAGCGACACAGCGGGGUCAAUGCGUGACGAUGACGCUGAUCAUGCUGCCUUUGUUGAUGCAGCUGCGGAGGAUGCUAGAGCUUCGCCUGUGAAGAGACCAUCCGGCGGCUUUGCCGACGAAGAUGAUCUUUUCGAUCUCGACGAAGGUUUCAUCGAGCCUCCAUCUAAGAAGGCCAAAUCUGGCGCUGCUCUGCCAAAUCUUGCAGCUUCCGAGGCUUCGGCCCCUGGUGCAGUCCCCGCGGCCUAG